GAUUAAUCCACAAAAUUCAGCUAGAUUGGAGUAGCACUCUAUCUUGUUCCUUCUACUUCUUUGUUCCCCUGUUAGUCUGCAGCUGCGAAGAGCCAUGGCAGCUCUACAGAGCUCCUUCACUUCUCUUUCUCUCUCCUCCAACAGUUUUCUCGGCCAACGCUUCUCCGUCCCUCUCUGCCCACCUCAAGUUGUGCCCACAGAGAAUCCCCGUUCUAUCUCAGCAAAGCUCAAGCGAUGGGAGCGCAAAGAUUGCAAGCCAAACAGCCUUCCGGUGCUACAUAAGAUGCAUGUUAAGGUCGGAGAUACAGUAAAAGUCAUAUCUGGACGGGACAAAGGUAAAACUGGAGAAAUCACUGAGAUAUUUAAGCAUAACAGUACCAUUAAAGUGAGAGAAAUCAACUUGAAGACCAAGCAUGUGAAGAGUAGGGGGGAGGAUGAACCAGGUCAAAUUAUAAAGAUAGAAGCACCCAUUCACAGUUCAAACGUGAUGCUAUAUUCCAAGGAACAAAAUGUAGCGAGCCGUGUAGGUCAUAAAACCUUAGACAACGGAAAGCACGUCCGGUACCUCAUCAAGACUGGAGAAAUAAUUGACAGCGCAGAGAACUGGAAGAGAGUGAUCAAGGAGAAGAAAGAGGAGAAAACAGAAGCAGUUGCUGCCUCUUAGUAGGGUGAUCACACAUUCAAUCCUCGAAUUUAACCAUUAUGGGGCAUUAGGAUGUUAUUCAAUCCCCAUCUCAUCUCAUGUAUUUUAUCUUUUUGCUUGUCAAUGUAUAUCUUCUUGUCCCUAAAUAUGGGCUUCUUGCUAUUCUAUCAAUUUUAAGGGAGUUGCGUAAGAAAAAAAAAAAAAAAUAUAUAUAUAUAUAUAUAUGAAAAAAUGAUUGGGCCGAAUAACGGCCCAAUGGAUUGCUUAGAUGGGGGGCUUGGCCCCGAACUUGAAAUUAGGCUGAGGCAGGGUUUUGGUGGUUGACAUAACUGUGGAUAUAGAUUGGGCCACAACGUGGCCCAACUACUCCUCACAAAUAUUGUAGCCCACGUGGGAAUAUAUGUAUAUCCAUGUGAUCGGUACAUUUUAGUUUCA